UUGGAACACCAUUGCGCCCCCUCUCCCAAAAUCCAUCUAGAGUUUCAGUUUCUUUCGCUUUCCUCUCAGUUCUGCCUCGAUGACGACGAUAGUGCCGACAUCGGAGGAGGAUCCUGUAAUCGCUGUGGUGCGACUGACGUCGGAGCUUGCAUGGGCCGACGCAGGUCCCGAGGUGGCAGAACCUCAGGUGGCCAGGCUAUGCAUCGAGGCUCAAGAAUGCCUGGUGAUGGGUAGGUGGGUGGAGCUGGUGUCUCUCAUGCUUACUUCAGCUGAUCUGAUAACUUCAAGAGUCUCUGAGAAAGACUUUGAGUGCAUCUUUACUGUCAUAUGUACCCUCGCAACAAGAGCUGAUAGUCCAGAGGAAGCAUUGGAGAUUGCGAAACUUAUUUCAACUAAGAUUAUCCAGCAACCAAAUGACAAACCUGCUUUAUGCUUGAAGAUUUUGUUCAAUCUGUACAAUCUAUUAGAGGACCCUUACAGCAGGUUCUUUGUUUACACAAGAGCCUUAAAUUUGGCAGCCAAUGGAAAGGUGACUGAGAGCAUCAUUCCUUCAUUUAAGUUGAUCGAUAGUUUUCUACAAGAAUGGAAUAUUGGAAAAGAGGAUCAGAGAGAUCUUUUUUUGGCCAUCUCAAACAUUUUGAAGGAUAAUAAAAGUAUGUGUAAAGAAUCCUUUGCCUUCCUGUCUAAGUACUUAACUACCUUUUCUACUGAGGAAGCUCUUGCAAUGAAUGGGGAAAAAGAGGAAGCUGUCCGAGCUAUAAUUGAGUUUGUGAAGUCUCCGGACAUGUUUCAGUGUGACCUGCCAGAUAUGCCUGCCAUUGCUCAAUUGGAGAAAGAUGAGAAAUAUGCUUUGGUUUAUCAGCUAUUAGAGAUUUUUCUGGCUGGUAGACUCGAUGCCUACUUAGAUUUCCAUGCAGGAAAUUCAGCCUUACUCAAGAGCUAUGGUCUGGUCCAUGAGGAUUGCAUUACAAAGAUGAGAUUGAUGUCUUUGAUAGAUUUGAGUUGUAAUGAAUCUGGCGAAAUUCCUUAUGCCGAAGUGGCGGAGGCUCUUCGGAUCAAGGAUGAUGAGGUAGAAUACUGGGUUGUUAAAGCAAUAAUUUCCAAAGUUCUGGACUGUAAGAUGGAUCAGAUGAAUCAAGCUGUACUUGUCAGUCGGCGAACAGAGCGGGUUUUUGGCCUAUCACAAUGGCAAGCACUUCGAUUCAAAUUAGGGAACUGGAGGGCUAAUGUUGCAAGUGCAAUAAGCAUUAUCCAAUCCAACAAAGCAGCUGACGACGGUGUUCAAGCAAUGCAGGAAUUCAUUGCGAAUCGGUGAAUCACAUCGAUCCCUUGCAACUCGGUGAUCCUCAGUGACCUCUUGCGACUCGGUGAAUCACAUUGAACUUUUGCAGCAUUUUUUACCUUUUUCAGAGAUCUGGGUUUGGCUUCUGCUGACUGAAGCUUUGUAAUGUGUCAUUAGCAUUUGAGUUUAGGUUGGAAUCUGAGAAUCAUUUUAUGUUUUAUUUU